UGUUGGAAGCUUAAGACUUUAUGCUUCUGAAUGUUAGGAACUGAAAAUGUUCCUAGAUGAUGAAGUAUCUGAAGAUGAAUCGGAUUCAGUUUCUUCAAACAAUGAAGUCAAGCUACUUUUUCAAAUAAGAGAAUGUAACCACAUUCCUAUUAGACAUAAACUAUGGAAGAUUUGGACUUGGUGAAAACUAAACAAGAAACCUUUCCAUCUUCUAUAGAAUCUGAUGACAGAAAUGCUCACGAUUCUGUUGGAUAUAGCUUAAAUACAAACAGAAGCAGAAACAGUCUCCUUAGUGCAAAUGGAUUGUCCUCUUUCUCAGGGAAGAGCAGUGUCUCUCUAAUUCAAAGUGCAGUUGAAGUCUUAACCUCUUUUAUGCAAGAUCUACAAAACUGUGGCAAGGCGGAUUCUGAAAUUUGGAGGAAGUGUGAGGCUAAAUGGUUACAGCUAUUCAGUUUGGUGGAAACACAGCGACAGCAGCAGAUCGUUGCCCAGCAAGAACAGUUCAGUAACCAAAUCAAACAUAUUGAAGAAGAGAUAAGAAGUUUAAUUAAGUUGCAGAAGAGUAAUGCUUCUCGGUCUUCUAGUAACAGACAUUCCCCUGACAAACUGACAAGCAAUUUUUCUACAUUAGAAAGUCAAAUGGGGUUGUGUUCUGAAAGCUGUGAAAGAAAUGAGUACGUUGUCAAUUAUCCUAAACUUAAAGAAACUGAAAUUCGGCCAAAAACAUUUUCUUCACAUCAAGACAGCAUUAUGGAUAGUAUCUCAGUGAACAAUGGUGGGUAUAGUAAUUUUUUUACCUCAGAACGAAAUUCUUACAAAUCUAAAGACUCGAAAGAAUUCAAGGAGCACAAAGACAUUUCCAAAGGCAAACAUGUAACCCCUAUGCCCCAGAAGGAGUCAUUUGUAAGUGAUGUCAAGAACAAGAGCCUGUGUAUCCAGACUACAGAAGAGUAUGCCUCAGCACUCAAAGAGGACGUCUCUAUUUUUCCUGGUGAAUAUGAACAUAAUUUUACUAGUGAAAAUAAGAUUUCUGAAGCACAUUGUGGAAAACCAAACAGUAAAUCUUUAACAUCAUGGGCACAAAAAUUGAAACAAAAUCAACCGAAGAGAGUACACACUGAAGAGGGAUAUAUCCCAUCUGUUCAAGGAAAUGAACUAAGGAAAAAAUCAACAAUUGAGAAUUCUGACUUCAGUGCUGCUACAUAUCCUCAUGUUUUUUACCUUAAUAAACCAAAUGAAAGCCCAAGUUCUUGGGUAUCUGAAGGAACAGGAAUGAAUUAUUGGAAACUAGAAGAAAAGGACACGUAUGACUCUUUGCCUGAGACUUUGGAAAAAUCAUUUUUAAAUAUCAACUCCAUGAAAGUGUCACCAAACCAGCCUAAUUCUGCUAAUGAGAUGAAGCUGCCGUCACUGAAGGAUAUUUAUCAUACGAAUCAAAGGAAAAAUAAGCAAUUAUCCGAAUGGACAUCUCCUUCUAAUCCCAGUCAUCCACCAGAGGUAUUAACUCUAGAUCCAACGCUACACAGGAAGCCAAAUCAACAAAUUUCAGGGAUUCAAUCAAAUAAUUUUCGAUGUAAUCUUGAAAGAUUGUCUUUCACACCAGAGUCCAUAUUAGAUCCUAGUAUUUCUAGCCAUUCUGACACAGACUCGUUUUCACAAACAAGUAACUUUACCUCCUCUCAGUUAGCUAGAUCCCCCAACUAUCCUUCAGCUAUUAAAACUUUACCUAUAGAUUCUUGGCCAAGUCAUGCACUCCAAAAUGAAAGUAGGGCCAGCUCUGCUUUUCCUUUAGCACAUAGUGUUACUAGUAAUGAAAUUUCAUUCAACGUUGAAGACGAAGAAAACAAUUCAACCACCGUCACUCCUUCCCUAGUGGCAAGCGUAGACAACAGUUUGCCAGAAGGCAGUGUUUCAGUGACUUGCAUGGAAGACCCAGUUGCAUUAUCCAAAAUGAGGCAGAACCUGAGGGAGAAGCACGCUCGACACAUAGCUGAUCUCCGGGCUUAUUAUGACUCCGAGAUACAUAAUCUGAAACAGCAAUUAGAGAGAAGUGAAGCAUCUGCAUAUGGAGAAUUGAAGAAAACUAACCAGAGUCUUGCAGACAGAUGUGACCAAUUAGGUGGUGCUCUGAAUGAGGCCAGUGCUCAUAUGAAAAUUCUGGAGAACAAAAAUAAUUUGCUGGAAAUGGAAGUGAGUGAUUUGAGAGAACACCUCAAUGCAGCCAGUAAUGCUUCCAAAAUUUUGCAGGAACGUAUUGAGGAAAUGCGAGCAAGUAAUAAAGAAAAAGAUAACACCAUCAGUCGACUCAAAUCCCGACUAAAGGAUCUAGAAGAAGCAUUUGAUAAGGCUUACAAACUCUCAGAUGAUAAAGAUGCUAGAAUAAAACAAGAAAACAAAAUGUUUCAAGCUCUUCUAGGAGAAUAUCAAUCCCUUGGACAACAACAUGAAAGAGUAAAGGAUACAUUAACUACAACUGAGAACAAGUUGUUUGACGCAAAUACUCAGAUUUCUGAUUUGAAAAGAACAAUUUCAAAAUUGGAAGCCCAGAUCAAGCAAGUAGAACAUGAAAAUAUGUCAAAACUCCGUAUUAAUACCAAAACUCAAAUACCACCAUCCCUUACCAGUAGCACCGUAACAGCUUCUGAUGUUAGUAGGCGGAAGUGGUUGAUACCAGGAGCAGAAUAUUCCAUCUUUACUGGCCAGCCUUUAGACAGUCAAGAUAAUUUGGUCGAUAACCAGCUUGGAGAAUCCUAUACUCUUAGGUACCAUACUCCUCCCGAAAAGGACUGUCCACUCAAAGACUCAACAAGUUUAAAAGAAAGGGAGGCUUCAGAUACAACAAUCAUCAAAGUUUAUAAAAAUCAUGAAGAAGGAAAAAUAUUUAAAAAUUGGGGCACACAAACAGAGAACGAGGACACAUCAAAUAAAACAUCAAGUCGCCAUCAAACUGUAGCAUUUGUGCCUGAGACCACUUUCAGUAGAAAUCGGUCCCCAGAGAAAGGUUCUCAUCACAGGUCAAAGAAAUAUAAUUCCUCAUCUGCACAGAGAUCAUCAUCUCUCCCACCUUCAAACCGAAAAUCAAGUCCUUCAACUAAAAGAGAUAUAAUGCUAACACCGGUGACGAUGGCAUACAGUCCAAAGCGGUCCCCUAAAGAGAAUUUCUCCCAAGGAUUUAGCCACCUACGUAGCAAAGAUGAUAGUAGUAGUUUAAAUCGGUUUGACGUACUUAUGGACGAUUUAGAUACUGUUCCUGUGUCAACAAUGCAACUUAACAAUUCUAGGAAACAACUCCAGUUUCUCCCUGUGGAUGAUUUGGAAGAAGGUAAACAUUCAAGCAGCACUACUACUGAUCACCAUGGUAAACAUAGCUCUUGUACUUCUGAACAAUCAUUGCCAAAUGGAAUGAAGAAAAUACCAAGUUUGGAAAAGAAUAAGUCACCCUAUGAACCCUGUAAAACUAAGUCAGCAGUAACAUCUUAUGAAAACGACUUUGAAUAUCUGGCACAUGUGAGGACCCUGAGUGAAACUGAACAGCUUUUUGAUGACCUUACAAGAGAAAAGCAACAGAUAGAAGCAGCGCUGAGUCGAAUGCCUACUUCUGGAGGAAGAACGACCUUGCAAACAAGAUUGAGCCAGGAGGCCCUAGAAGAUCGUUUGGAAAGGAUUAAUAGAGAACUGGGUCCAAUUCGGAUGACGCUGAAGAGAUUUCAUGUUUUGCACUCCUCUGCAAAUCUCUGAGAUUUGAAGCUAUUAAAUUUUGAGACAUUUUUCUUUGCACUAAUGUAUAAUUAUGCACUCAGAAAAUGCAAAUCAUUUUAUACAGUUUGUAAAUCCUCAAUGGUAGUUUUAAAAUCAUGCUAUUUACACUUAAUAUUUUUUACUUCAAAUAGCCAACAUAAAUUUUAAAGCUA